UGUCGCGACUCCUUCGCGCCCGUGUCCUGAGUCCUUGUUUUCUGUGUGAGCCUUCAAUAAUUUUUUUCCCGCCGUGUGCGCUUUUUUGCACGUUCAAAUCGUGUAUGUAAACGAAAUAAUAAACACGUGCGUGUUAACACAAAAAUAUUUCAUUUUAAAAAUUAGUUUUUCAAUUAAGUUUUUUUUUCUUCUUUUUCUUUUUUUUUCUUAAAUUGCACAUCCUCGUGCAUGUCACCAACGUAAAUUUCAUCAUUCCGGAAGUGCCUGAAAGGCGCCUCGACUUUCCGUGAUAUCAAGUGCCAUCAAAUUCAGAAAGAUCGAAUCUGAAUAGAGCGGUUGAAAUCCACGAGAAGAAUCUCGUGGAAACGAGUGAUCGAGUUGGCAUAACACGUGCAUGCCAUUCACGAGGAUGAGUUUCAAAACUGCAUUUCUCUUAUGUAUUGGGCUUACCCUUGUUCCGGUUCACGGCGGAAAAAAGGUAUCAGAUGAUAAAGAAAGAACGAAGCUACCAGAAUUCCUCUCGGAAUUGGAUCUGGCUAGCAUAGAAGCAUCAGAAGAAGAUAUUAAAGACUUGAAAAAAGUUGUUAAAAGGCUUGCCCCGGAAAAGAAUGGCGAGUACCAAAUAUACCAAGUUUUUUUCGGAAACGAGGAUCUUCUAAAGGAAUGGCUGAAGGGAGCGGGGGUUACGGGUCAACCUGGGGUCGACUUUCCAGUUCUAACAACAAUUCCAACUACGUCUUUCACCUGUCGCGGAGUCAAAGGUGGAUAUUACGCCGAUUUGGAAACUAACUGCCAAGUAUUCCACAUUUGUGACAAUGGGCGCAAGAUCUCAUUUUUAUGUCCAAACGGUACAAUAUUCCAGCAAUCGCAAUUAAUUUGUGACUGGUGGUUUAAAGUCGAUUGCAGCAGAUCAACUGAACUCUAUGAGCAAAGUGCCGAACUCCUGGCAGAAGAAGAACGAAAGAGGAACGAUGCAAAGAAAAUCAGUUCCGAAUAUCAUCGCACAUCAGAGGAAGAAAAUGGACAAAAUAAUUAUCAAUAUGUAGACUACGAUGGACGACAAAACGGUCGAUCUAAUCCAUUCAGUCAAACUGCUAAUCAAAAUCAAAUUCAAGAUAAUCAAAAUAAGAAUCAACCCUAUAGACAAAAUCUAGAUUACAAUCAACCGUCAGGACGACAGAAUCAGUUUGCCCAAAAUUAUAAACCAAAAGAUCUACAAGACUUGAGCGAGGGAAAUACAAAUUUUAAUCAACAAAAACAAUCAACAGUUUUUCCAAAUAAUCAUCAGUCGCGAAACAGACAGCAGAAUCAAUUGAUCGACGAUCGUAAAGAAAAGUCAAAACAAUUAAAUGACUAUGAUCAUCGAGGUGGUAGAAAAUAUCAAAUCUCUGAUCAAGGUCAAGGUAAAAAUGAUAAACAAGCUUCUAGAAAUUCAAAAUCUAAAUCCUUUACUGACGCUAACUACAAUGGAAUAACACAAAAAGCAACUCCCUCCUAUACGGAAACUACAACUUUCAGAACAACUUCUCCCAAUCCCAUAAGGGAAUUCCAACAAAUGGCUGAGAGUGCAGCAUUUGUCAACAAUCGUGGAAAUCGAUUUAACAAAAUAUACAGUACAAGUCAGUACAAUACCUAUUACAAUAAUCGAGCAACAUCUUCGGAUAAUUCACAAAAAUCUACUUCUACUCCAAACGAGAAUAAUAAUCCCACAACCAUGAAGCCUAAAGUUGGUAGCAUUCCUCCAUUCCCGGGUCCCACUUUCACACCAAUCUUCAAACCUAGGAUAACUUCAUCUGACAAAAGAGGACCAACAACCACUCCAAGAUCACAAAGCACAACUGAUGGUUUUGCUUACAAUAACAAAAAUGCUCAAAAUUACAAACAACUCCCAAAUGAUGAUCGACAAAAAACUAUUUCUUCCACUCAAAGAACAUACGUUAGCACUGAUUACUACAAACAAAAUCCAACAACAAUUGUUCCCACAACAAUUUAUGAUUCCACAUACACCAAUUAUUAUGAUAAUCCUACCACUGGGAAUUAUCAGGACGAAUCGUUCACCACAUUGAGACCUCCAACUGAAAAUUAUUACAAUUCAGCGACUGGAUUCCAUCAGAAUUCUAAAUCUAGAGAUUAUCAAAAUUCUGGAACAGGAACGUAUCAGAAUUAUGAAACCAGACCUAAUCAGAAUUCUGAAGCAUAUAAAAAUUCUCCAACUGUUUAUAAUCAGAAUUCUGCAACUGAAGCUUAUCGUCAAAAUUCCGCAACGGGAAAUUUCACUGGAAUCACUUAUGUCGACAAUACAGUGACACCUUCGGCAACUGUAUUUAGUCAGCAACCUCAAGGUUUUGAGAGUCCAAAAACCUAUCGUGAUGGAGAACGUAAUGACAUUCAAUAUUCCACAAAAAAUCCCUCCAGAUCAUCGCAGAUUUAUCAACUCAAUUCAAUCGUGAAUGCAGCUACGGAAAAAUCGUUUAUCGAAAAUUCCGUAACGAAUAAACCAGAUUUAGACUUCUCGAAUCGCCAGGGCAAGUCUUCAACUUCCCGACCGUAUGUUCCAUUUACAAAAAAUUAUGCAUACACAACUGUUGCAAGUGCUACAACACAAAAACCGAACAUUUACACAGCCACUGUACCACCAUACGAUUCUAACAAUCGUGGCAGUUUCAAUGACCUUGUUCCCAAUUCUAAAGCUUCGUACUCGCCCAGCAGAUCAGGAACUGGAGCUACUUAUUUACCAAAACAGACAACUACCAAAGUGUCAUCUGUCACGAAAAAACCGAUUUUAGAUGAUAGACCAAAAAAUGAAAAGGAACAUGUGCUCAAUAUGAUUCAAUCACUUCAGGGUUUGGAGGAAACUAAUUCUAAUGGAAACAGAUCGGGAUUAAAUAUUCCAAGUUCUUCUGGACCAUCGACUCUACAUUCUCUUGCUUUGUACUUCGCGACAGCGGGUGAUAAUUCCGGAUUGGCCAAUAUCUCCGAUUUCACUCAAAAUCUCGAGCAAAAAAAUGAAGCAUCGAAAAAUGGAAAUAAAACUGUAGAACUUCCGACUAGUAUACUAACUCAGCAUACCAUUAAUUCCUACAUAGAUCUAUUUAACUUGAACAACGCUCUGGAAAACAAUACUGCUGUUCUGCUGGAAGAUACCAGUGGCGAACUAAACGCGAGUAACGAUUUUGAAGAUGAUCUUGACAUUCAACAGAGUGAAGGUCCUUUGAACGCUGCCAAAAAAUCAAAUAGCACCAAACUUCGUGAAUUAGCACAAGUUUUUACUCACGCCUUGUCAGCUUAUCUUCAAGAUCCCGAAACAUUCAAGAAAGUUCUCACUGAAAUAAGACCCACUGAGCCUUCAUUGUCAAGUGAGGAUGAAAAUGCCGAGAAUACAUUAUCACCUACAACCACCGAAGAAUAUCCAUCAGUUACUAAAGAAAAGGAUGAGGUUCUUGAUUUCUCCGAUGACAGUAACACUGCCCGAAGAAGAAGACCAACAACUCCCUAUCCAAAUCAACCAACUAAUUAUAUUGCUGAAACUAAUCAAGAGGGUUCCACUGAUUACUUCACAACUUCCGUGACUUCUUCAAUUUCCCAGUAUUCAACGACACAAAUUCCAAACGCCAAUAAUCGUGAAUCACCAAACGGAAACGACAAUUUUGCCUUUCAAGUUAAUAGCGUUUUGCAAGAAAAUAGAAAUCUAAAUGAUGAUUCGUUAAUUCCCAGCAAUUCUCUCAAUGAUUACGAAAAUUACUUUCCAGAAACAAACAAAGCAAACUAUCGAAACAAUUCCCGAGAACCUUAUGGAAAAAAUUUAAAACCCUUCGAUGCUGUUCCAAUCACCAACUAUGUUCCCUCAACAACACCCGGUUCCUUCUUCCAAACCGAGGAACAAAGAGGUUUCUACGAUCGAAAUCGUCCACAACAGGAACUAACACCGCCAGCACUUCCCACCUCACAAAAUCCAUAUCAGACCAACAAAUUGUCCAAUCAAAAUACAAAUUCUAAUUACAGAUCUGAAAAUCAGAAUUCAAUACCCUCGACCACUGAACCAUUCAGAAUUCGUUACUACGACACACCGAAAAAUCAUGAAACUUUAGUAACAGCAACAAAUGUGCAUUCCAGUUAUAGAAAUGAGCUCGAUAAUAAGUUACGUUCGUCUGGUAGAUCAAACAGUGUUUUUAAUACUAAGGAUACAAGGCCUGUUUACACAACAACAACUACACCAGUUGAGACAUCUAGCGAUCACUGGACCUCAUCGCCGGAAGUAACUCGCUUAUGGGAAACAACAGUAUUUCUCGAUCCCCAGCGAAUUAAUCACGACUUGAUUCACGAUCAAUUGUCCACUUCCGGUCCAAGAUUAGCUGAUCCCACACAAUUUAAUACAAAUCCGAGUCAGGAGCUUCUGGCCACAGAAGCAUCAAAUGGCGUUACUCCUCAGAAUUUCAUUACAGAUUCAUCAACACCUUGGCAAUGGUCGCCAAAUGAUAACGAUUCACCAACAACAUUCACACUACUACCAUCAGCUUAUUCAACGGAAAAUACAGCAACGCCAAAUCCAACAUACACGACCAUUGCGACUGUAACAUCAUCAGUGACAUCCAAUCAAGCAUCAGAAACACACAUUCCCAAUUCAGUGAUUAACAUCACUGAGAAUGAGAUUGAAAAGGCUCAGGAAAUGUUUGGUAAACUCAAUACAUCAAGUUCAAAUACUUUAAUGAAAGUAAUGAAACAAGCUGAUAAUAAUUCAACUGUCAGACAACUUGUUUUAUUGCUAAUCAGCCAUUGUAAUGGACCAAUGAAUAAAACAAUGGAAGAGGAGAAGGAAAAUUUAUUGAAUGCUCUCUUAAAAUUACCUGUCAAUGAAUUCACAUCAGAGGAAUCGCGUGAAAUUAUUGCUGGUAUCGGUAGAUUAAAUUUACCACUUGGCAAUAAUGAAGGUGGAAAAUCGGAUAAAUCGAGAAUCAUUCAAACUUUUAUAGCCGUUACUGAACCCUCAAUAACAACAUUUAGAAAUCGUCAGGGAAGAAAAUUUAAAUCAACUACGCCUGUUCCCGAUACGCAAUAUCAUUCAUCAUCAAAUCCAGCAAUUGCUGAGUCCAGAAGUGCUUUGGUUGAAGAUGAAACAUCGAUAUCGGACAGUAGAGCACUGGAAUUACUCAGAUCGUUAUAUAGUAUAGCUGCUAAAUGGGGUUGAAAAAUCAAUUAUUGAUGUGGUCUUUGACCAGUGUCUGCCAUAACUUUGGAUUUUGUUCCUCAGGACUGAUGACAGUUUAUGUACUUGAUUCGGGAAAAGAAUAAUUAAAUAUUUAUUUCAUAAAUAUAAAUAUCUUCAAAAAGGGAAAGAAUCGUUAAAUUAUACUGACAAAAAAAUUUAUUUGAAUCAUAUUUUUGAUUAAUUAUUAUUUAUUACAAUAUAUAUAAAAAAUAAUUUUUUUACUAAAAAGAAAGAACGUAUCUCAAAUCAAAAGUAAUUAUAAUAUGAUAAUUAGAUUUGUUAUUUUAUUCUAGAAAUAUAAUUACUUAGAUGUAUUUGAUGAAUUAUCAUCAAUUUAACAAAGAGGUUUCUUCAAUUUAUUUAUUUCAAACAAAUUAU